AUGAGCUCCCAGCAGCAAAAGCAGCCCUGCACUGUACCCCCUCAGCUGCAGCAGCAUCAAGUGAAACAGCCUUGCCAGCCUCCUCCCCAGGAAACAUGUGUCCCCAAAACCAAGGAGCCCUGCAAUACUGUUGUUCCUGAGCCCUGCCAGCCCAAGGUACCUGAGCCCUGCCAGCCCAAGGUGCCUGAGCCCUGCCAGCCCAAGGUACCUGAGCCCUGCCAUCCUAAGGUGCCUGAGCCCUGCCAGCCCAAGGUACCUGAGCCCUGCCAGCCCAAGGUGCCUGAACCCUGCCAUCCUAAGGUGCCUGAGCCCUGCCAGUCCAAGGUGCCCCAACCCUGCCAGCCAAAGGUACCUGAGCCCUGCCCAUCAACGGUCACUCCAGCACCAGCUCAGCAGAAGACAAAGCAGAAGUAA